GCGUUUGUAAUUCGCAAAUAUACAAUUUUGAUAAAUAUUUCCAUUAUAGUAUUGGAUUCAUUUCUUUUUCAUUGUAUUCGUUUUCCUAUUCUCGUAUACAGAGCAGACUUAUUUUUCUUUUAUUCGUAACCAUGCAAGUUAACCUAAGUUAUGUUUAAAGCAUCUUGGAUUUUGUCGUCUUACUAAAAAGAGUCAUAAACAAAACAAGUGUGAAACAUAACUUGAACAUAGUUUGUUAUGUGCAGUUUUAUUUUUUGGUGACAACAACAAAAUUGAUUUGGAAUAUCUAGACAUAGUGAAUUAAACGAAGUCUUCCUAACUCCGCUAUGAAAUAUUGCGUAAUGUUACCAGGUAGUUUCACACGCCUGAACUCGUGUAAAGGACCGAGGACGGAAUCCGGUAUAACUGCAAUCGAAGCGUUGUACGAGGAUGUUGGUCAAAUCGCUGGAUUUCCUCUUCAAACCCUCGACAAUAUGUCAAAUAAAGAUGAAGAAUUCAAGACUACUAGAAUAUUAUUAAAGCAGAUGUGCCAUAUACUUGCAAAAGACCGAGAGGAAAUGACAACGGACGAGAAAGCGUUCUUCUUUUUCCCGCCAAAACUUGAUCGAAACGAAGAUCUCCCAACAUGCACUGCGAGAAAGAUCAUGAAAAAUCCCGAGUUCAAAAUAACAAUCAAUGUAUGGAUUCAGGACCCAAGCUUAGACUCAGACAAACAAUUCAUAUGUUACACAGUCAAGGUACCCGCACCAGAUCCCCCUCACUGUGUAAUAGAAGCAGCUCUAAACGCACAGUACAAAUCACAAAUGGGAUCGAUAGAGAACGACUUUGAUAUGGAUACAGGUUACAAAGACGAUGAAAUGAACAAAGAGCGAGGAAAGUAUGUGUUGAAAGUAUGCGGCAGAGAAGAGUAUAUGAUGCGAGAGUGCUGUAUACAUACGUAUGAGUACGUAAGAUAUUGCAUUGACAAGGAAGAAGUACCUCAGUUACAACUGGCAUUAAAGGAAAAUAUACUCAAGUCGAUCCCUGACAACAAAUGCGUUAUCUUACAAAAAGAGCCCCCUGUAAUGAAUGCGUGUCCGGCUUCGGAGACUCGUAAAACAUCUUGGGAUCUACCUGGCGAUCAUUUGUAUUCGAUCAAGAUUAGAUCUUUUCCAGCAAAAGGCACUUUUCAGCCAGGGUCGUAUGUACAAGCGCAAUUGUUUCAUGGAACACAACCACUGAGUAAAGCAAUGAAGACGUCGGAGAACGAUUUCAACCAGACAUGGGAAUUUGAUAUACCAAUAGAGAACUUACCUAGAUGUGCACGAUUAUGUUUAGUAGCAUGUGCAACUGAGAAAAAUAAGGCUACCGGUAUUAACUGGGUUAACAUGCAAGUGUUUGACCAUAACAGAAAACUCGUAACAGGACGACAGGUUCUCAAAGUCACAAACUUCCCAGAAACUUGCAAUCGCACAGAAUAUCCUAUCGGAUCUCCAGGUUCGAAUCCUGAUAGAAAUGCGAAUGAACUAGUGAUUGAGAUUAUGCCCCCUUGUGAAGAUGACGUGUACUAUCCAACUAGUUCAUAUAUUGAUUCUAAAAUGAAGCCUGAUGACCAGUACCAUGUCCCAACUGAGAUGCAACUUAAGUCAUUUGAAAUGAUCGAUCGAAUUGUGCACAAAGAUCCUCUGGAACAAAUGGGCAACAGCGAAAAAAGGUUUCUCUGGGAACACAGAGAACUGGCAAUGGACUAUCAACCUAACAUUUUGCCAAGAGUUAUACAAUGUGUGAAUUGGUCAGAACGGCAUGAUGUUUUCAAGCUUUACGGUCUGCUCAAAGUGUGGCAUAAUGAAGACCUCUCUUUGGUGACAGCAUUGCAGCUGCUGGGACCAGAUUAUCCGGACAAAAGAGUUAGAGCUCUCGCUGUUAAAGUACUGGAGAAGAAACUCAGCAAUGAGCUUUUUGAGCUAUUCAUGCCACAACUAGUCCAGGCUGUGAAAUUGGAAAGUUAUCAAUACAGUGACCUUAGUUGUUUCCUGCUGCGACGUGCUCUUUCAAAUAGGAGGCUUGGACAUAGAUAUUUCUGGCAUCUGAGAUCGGAAGUACACAACCCAAUGUCUCGGCUCAGGUUUGCUCCACUACUUGAAGCAUAUUGCCUCUAUUGUGGAUCAUACCUUUUAGAUAGUUUGUACAAAGAGGUGAAGUCAUUGAAUGAGUACCGCACAUUUUCCAGGAAGACCAACAGAGAUUCAAGCUUAGAUUUACAACUGAAAACUAUGAAGAGCUGGUUAGAAACAGAAGAAACACGAACUGUUCUUGAAAAUCAGACGGCAACUCUUGACCAAAAUGUAGAACUUGGACAAAUAAACGUAGAAGACUGCAAAGUGAUGUCAUCCAAAAUGAAACCAUUGUGGUUAAGUUGGAAGAACAAAGAUCCUAGCUGUAGAAAUGGAGGUGAUAUAAGAUACAUCAUUAAAGACGGUGAUGACCUUCGCCAGGACAUGCUUGUAUUGCAGCUGAUACGACUGAUGGAUAUGAUCUGGAAGUAUACAUCCCGAGAUUACUGUAUAACAUCAUAUGAAUGUAUGUCAAUGGACGACCAUUUUGGAAUAAUAGAAGUUGUGAGCGGAGCUAAAACUGUUUGCGACAUAGAGAUGCACAAACAAACGGGUGUCAUGGCAACAACGAGUAUGCAUGAAUGGGUCUACACAGAGUCAGGAGGAGGAGUAAAGUAUUUGGAAGCAGUGAAAAAGUUCACUCAUUCGUGUGCUGCGUUUUGUGUCAUCACUUACAUACUUGGUAUUGGAGACAGGCAUUCAGAUAACAUCAUGCUUAAAGUGACCGGAGAGUUAUUUCACAUCGACUUUGGGCAUUUUAUGAACCACAAGAAGGUAAAAUACGGCGUGCAAAGGGAAAGAUCGCCAUUUGUCUUAACAAAGGAUUUCAUCUCGGUCGUCACAAAGGGUGAACAGAAAGUCAACAAUAAUGAGGAAUUUAACAAUUUUCUGUUCAUCUGCUUGGACGCGUAUAUGACAAUCCGACGGAAUGGAACACUUUUCCUUACGUUACUUAGCUUAAUGAUGCAUUGUGAGCUUCCCGAACUACAAGAGGUUACGGAUAUAGACUAUUGUAGAAAAUGUUUGGCAUUGGACAAAAAGGAACACGUGGCGGCCAAUAACUUCCUCAUGGCAAUUAUGGAGUCGUAUAAAGGACAGUGGAAGACAAAUAUUGACUGGUUUUUACAUCGUGUGAAUAGGGUCUGGCAAGGCAUGGGAUCUGGAAGCUAGAGGACAGGAUUAUUUGAAUGAACUUUAUAUUUUGACCACGGCAAUAGUGACUAGUGUAAAACGCGUGUCAAUUGCUUAGUCUAAAACCGUUUGCUCGAAUAAAACCAUACAGAAAUAUUUUUUGUCAAUGACUCAUACUUUACAGUCUGUGUGAGUCAUACAAAAAGUGUUUGUAAAUGAACCCAUUCAAAAACAGUUGUUUAUUUCAAUUGCCGCACCAAAAACUGUUUGCCUGUGUAAAUAACCCGUACAAAUUGUUUGUGCUAAUAACCUGUACUAAAUAUCCGUUUGUGCAAAUGUCCCUAAGGAAACCGAGACUUUAUUUUGUGCCAGUGGUGUGGGCAGAGUCUUGAAAUGAGUGGAUUAGCUGCUUGCUAUGUGGUCGUGGGAGAAAUUAAUAAACAUAUUUCUAUCGGCGGUGAGUUUUGGGGAUAGUGUGAGCAUUGUGAUGUUGACAUUCAUGUAUUACUGACAUUGUUUUACGUUCGAAUUACAAAUAACAACCAGGCCAAAGACUGAACUUUAUUUUAUUGUUGUAUCUUUGGUUUAAUUUAUCAAUUAGUAUUAAGUGUCAUGGUAUAGUUCUUCACUUUUUAUGACUAUAUCUGUUAUUAAGUAUAUCAAGUGUUUGAAUUCUUCUUCCAAAAUCCUCAAAUUUAACACUUCCAAAUUUGUACCAAGGCAGUUCCAUUAUAUAAAAAUAGUAACUAGUGCUCUGCUGAAAAGUGUUUGAUCUUAUUAAUAAAACCAACAUUGCAAGGUUAUUCUUAGACAGAUCAAUUUGUAAAUUCGAAAAUGAUAACAUUUUUGACAGUUCUUGUAUUUGUAAACAAAUUGGAUGAAAACGUUUUUUA